UGUGACUAAAAGAUUGUAAAGAGUUGUCACAAAAUCUCCUGUAAAUGGAUAUAUAAACAUAAUAUUUAAAGUAAACGUGCAUCAUUAAGACAAGUCAGAAGGCUAUAGAUAGAAGCACUGAGACACCAUUCUUCAGGAAAGACAAGAGUGAUAUAGCUCUUGGAGAUGUCUGCUGGUUAUAUUGACUUCCCAACAUAGACUUCAGGACGAUAACGGAGUGCUUCACCCAGCUAUAAUCUGAAAUCACUAAAGUUCUAGUCUCCAGAGGAAGUCUAGAAUUAACUUUCUAGGAAGUUGUAGGCUGCUAAUUUAAUUGGCAGAAACAAGAAAAUACUCAUGAUGGGCACAAGGAGACCGAUGAACCGUGUACCCUCUGGGAACGGAAGGUACUAUGACUCCCAUGGAAGUAGUAAUGGGAGUACAAGUGACAGUGAAGACAGUAAUGGUUCCGUCUAUACUCCCCGGGCAGACAGCAGAAGCUACCUGCUCAAUGUGAGGCCUGAGAACAGCCGAUCGAGUGUCAGUCGGUAUUCUCAAUACACACCUCCAAGGACUACAUUCUGCAAUAUAAUAUCCCAGCUGACUGAAGAGACACAGCCAUGUUUUGAGACAACAUUAAAACCCAGGGCUGUGUCAGAAGGAUCAGAUGCUAAGUUUAUCUGUAUGGUAACAGGAUAUCCAGAACCUGAGCUUACAUGGUACAAAGAUGAUGAAGAAAUGGAUCGAUAUUGUGGUUUGCCAAAAUAUGAAAUUUUGCGCAAUGGAAAGCGUCACACUUUACAAAUUUAUAAGUGUACAGAAGAAGAUGCUGCAAUCUAUCAAGCCUCAGCAAGAAAUAACAAAGGUAUUGUGUCCUGUUCUGGAGUAUUAGAGGUUGGAACAAUGACUGAAUACAAAAUCCACCAAAGGUGGUUUGCAAAACUGAAGAGAAAAGCAGAAGCCAAAAUGCGUGAAAUUGAGCAGAGCAGAAGAAAAGUUAAGGAAAAUCUGGAUCAAAGUGACAGAUUGAGAGCAUUAAGUCCUGAAAGAAUACCUAUGAAAAGGAGAUUCUCACCAGAAAAAAAAGAUGCAGCAAAGGAGGUUCAUGUUCCAGAUCCAAACUCAAGGCUUCAAGAUGUAGUAACAAACACAAAGGAGCAACCACAUAAUGUGGUCAAUGGCUUCCAUCCAAUGGAAACACAACAGAAAGAAGAGAUGACCACCAAUGGUUACACUUUGCCUGAAAACAUUGAGGAAAAUGGUAAGGAAUUCCUUGCAUAUGUCUAUGAAACAGUGGAAGUCAUAACCAAAAAAUCUACACCAAAAGAGUCUUAUGCAAAAAAGAAGAAAAAAGAGGAAGAGCCUCCUUUAAGUACAAAAGACUCUACAAAAGUGGAGAUAAAUCAGGGAACUGCCAAGAAAACAGAUGGUGUAAGUCCCCCUCCUAGAAGAAUCCGAUUUGGUAAAGAUGUCACCAAGACAACAGUGGAAGAAAAGAUGAAGGCUCAGACACCACCUAUUACAGUGAAUAAUAAAAGAUUUACACCUUCCAUUCUAUCUAAUAAAUCAGCAAAAACAGCUGUAACAAAAGAUGCCAAAAGAAUGAAAGAUAACAUUGUGCCCAGUAAGAAGGAUGAAGACUCUUCUAUUCCAAAGCCAGCUGAUGAGCAAAGUAAGGAUAAUGUCAACUUUUCCUUAAAGGACAUGUACUUUGAUAACUCAAUGUCACAACCUGAAGUUAUAAAACCUCUUGACCAAGUCAAGAAGACUAAAACCGAGAUUCAACCAGAUGUGAUUCCUGUAAAUCCAUCAACUCAAGUACAAGUAAAAACACCAAUAGUAGCCCCAAGGCGUUCAAAAGAGCAAAGAGAGCUAUCUGUUGGGCGCAAACCUCCACCAACAUCAAGCCCAAAAAAUGAAUUUUCUUUACCUAAACCAGUUUCAAACCUUAAACAGAAUAUACGCGACUCUAAGCCAAACAAUGAACCACCAAAAACAGCUGCAGAUAAUUCAAAAGGUUCUUCUAAAGUUGUGCCCUGCAAAACAGGUGAUGAGGCUGAGCCAAAGCUAAAUAAAGUAGAAUCCGAAGUGUUAGUCCCUUCUAAUGUAUCUACUGAGGACAAAUCACAAAAGGCUAGUAGAGAUGAAAGUGCAAGUCCAGGAGAAACACAUGAGCACCCAGCCUCGGAGAAGAACAGGAUAUCCUCAGAAGACCCCAAUGAGGAAAUGACAAGAACACAGACAUUACAGAAGCUGCAGGUUUUAGAAAUGGAAUAUAUGGAAUUGCAAAAAGCAUAUGCCCUUCUACAGAAACAACUUGAACUUAGCCAGAAGGCAGAAGCAGCACAAAAGAUAAGCAAACUCUCAGAUGGAGCACAAAACAAUGAAAACUCAACGACUGACCCCAAUAAUGAAAAGAAUGUACAAAUACAAGAAAAUACAGACAACGAGAUUACUUUGAUAAAAUGUCCAAGUUUACCAGUGCAGGUGCAUAUGGAGACGGACAUGUCUACAGUAUUAGAAGUUACACAAGAUUCGAAUAAGACUAAACAAAAUGAACAGUCUCAAUCAAAUGACGAUAUGUCUUCAGACUCCAUUAUUGAAUGUAGCUUAGAAGAAAGCUCAGAUGCGAAACAUGGAAACACAGAUGACAUCCAAAAAAUGGAUGCUAUGAAAAAAGUAUCUGAACCAAUAGAGGUUUCAAGAGAGACUACAGAUAUAGUAAGUGAAAAGGUUUUAUUUACGGACGAGGACAUUUCUGAAGACAGUUUAAAGGAACAUAUUGUACACACCAGUAAUGUAGAAAUGUUGGAGGAUGUGAAAGAAGAGGUAGCUAAGGAAACUGUAGAAAGAUUGGAUGAACCGAUUGAAGAGGGUAUACCCAUGUGCUCCUCCAAUGAAACAGAAAUGACAUCAGAGGAACUAAACCAUGAUGAAAUGAAAAAAGAUGUAAUUUUAUCAAGUACAGUGUUACAAGACACUCAAACAGAAGUAAGUAUUUCAGAAAUUCCUAAGGAGAGCCUAAAUAUUGAUAUUUCUAAGGAUAGUUCACAGCUGCCACCAAGUGAACAAAGUGAUCAAUCUGUAGCAACACUUCUUCGUGAUGUGAAAAAAGCUCUAGAGUCUGGUGUAGCAAGUAGCACUGGUAGUUCUGUAGACCCUGCUUCUUUACAUUCUUCACUGGCUUCACCCCAGUCUGGGGAGGAGAAUGAAGCAGAAGAAAUCCAAAUUAUACCACAAAAAGAAAGCAUAUGUAGUCAAGAAUUACUGGAACCAGGAACUACAAGCGCAUACCAGAAGGAGACAAAAACUGAGACAAAUGUACGUAGCAGUGGGCUAAGCACUACUUCCCAUCAAGAUCACCACAAAGAUGAACAUAAUAUGUCUAAACAGAAAGAAAAGCAAGAUCACAGUUUGGUUACAACUCUUAAGAAUUCAUUGCUAAUGUUAUUACACAUAAAAACUCCAGAUGUAGAUAAGACAGAUGAAGAAAGUCAAACACAUAUGGGUGAUGCUCAGUCAGACUCCUCUGAAGAAAUGCAUUCACCUCAAUUGAGCUUAAGUCCACCAAGCACCAGAAAAAUACAUGAAUAUGGCAAAGAAAGUGACUCACCACAAAGUAUAGAGAGCAUGCAUUCCAGUUCCUCAUCAGGUAAGCUCACUCCAGCCUCGGAGGAAAACAUUGUACAGAAUGUGGAUUCCUUGCAAACAAGUCCAACCAUUCCUAGAAGAGUAAUUGAAAUAUCAAAAAAAGAAGACCUUAUACAUCACGUUGAGAGCGCACCGCAAAGUCCAGUAACCCCUAGGCGGAGUUCAAAAGUUGUAACAGAGAAGACUGUUUUAAGUAAGGAAGAUCUCAGUUUUAGUCCAGCCACAUCAAGAAGAAUAGCAGCUAAAAUUGCUUUAGGUACAGAUCCUACUGUUGCAUUAACUGUGCCAUCUAUAGUUGUUGGUAAUGAUCUACCAGGUGAAAAAACCCUUGGAAGUAUGCUUUCUGUUCCUCCAAGAGAUAACAGUCGAAAAUGGAGGUCUACUGAAAAUUUAUCUCUGAUUCCUUCGGCAACACCAGAGGAACUGGCUUUGGGUGCACGCCGUAAAAUCUUUCUCAACAAGACUAAACUGAACAAUGAAGAACCUGGAAAUACAGGUUCCCUUACACCUCCAUCUAGAAAAGAGAGCCCCAAUGUGUCUCCUGGAUUAUCUAGAAGAAACAAUACUCUCUCGGUUACCCAGUCUCCUCCUGUUGAAAGACGUUCCCCUGGGACAAUCAGGAAAAUGGCAAUGCUUGAAGUUCCCAAGAUAUAUGAAGAAGACAUCGGAAUGACAGAUUCUAGUUCUCAGGAGCCAAAAGAUGUAGGCCAUACAUCUAAAGAUGAAACACUCCCUACAGAAACAAAAAAGGUCAAUGAUCCUUACAAAGCUCCACAGGUGAUUCGGAAGAUCCGGGCAGAACAAUUUUCUGAUGCCUCUGGAAAUUUAAAACUCUGGUGUCAGUUCUUUAACAUUUUAAGUGACUCAGGCAUAACCUGGUACAAAGAUGAAAUUCAGGUGGCAAAAGUAAAAAGAAGCUCUGGAGAUGAAGGACAGGUGGCACUUGCUAUUGUACAAGUAUCUGUGAAGGACUGUGGAGUCUAUCAGUGUACCAUAGAGAAUGAAUAUGGAUCUGAUUCCACAGACUGCCUCCUAAGUGCAGAGAUUUUGUCUGGAUUUAUUUCUAAAGAAGAGGUUGAAGUUGGAGAAGAAAUAGAGAUGACACCAAUGGUUUUUGCCAAGGGAUUGGCUGACUCUGGCUACUGGGGAGAUAAGUUUUUUGGAAGAAUAGUAAUGGAAAAUCCGCAUGUUGGAAAUGGAUUCCUGAGAAAGUCCUGCAGAGUGAAAGUGAUUUAUGGGUUGGAACCAAUGUUUGAAUCAGGGAAAACCUGCAUAAUCAAAAUCCGAAACCUAAUCACGUUUGGGACCAAAAAUGAAAGCACCUUAGUGGAGAAGAAUUAUGAUAUCACUAUUCAGGAAUGUAAAAUUCAGAACACUACCAGAGAAUAUUGUAAGAUAUUUGCUGCUGAAUGUAGAGGGGUCCCCAACUUUGGAAAGUUUCCAGAGAUCUUACCUCUGAACUUGAUUUACCGUCCUGCCAAUAAUAUCCCCUAUGCUACCAUAGAACAGGACCUGGAAGGCAGAUUUGAGAAGUACUGUAUCAGAGAUCUUACGGGAAAAUUACACAUGAAGAAUAGUACAGAAAUUGAGCAGAAAUGCUGCACUUUUCAGCACUGGGUGUUUCAGUGGACAAAUGGGAAUUUCCUUGUCACCACUCUAGAAGGAGUUGGAUGGACUCUAACCAAUAUAGGAAUUUCCACAAAAUCCAAAGGGUAUCAAGGACUAAAAGAGAGCUGCUGUCCUGAGGUCCUAGAUGAAUUUCUUUCAGUUCACCAGUGCAAUAGUUAUUGUGAAAUGCUGGGACUGAAGCCUCUAAAAGCUACUGAAGGUCUCCAACCUCCCUCAAAGCCAAAGGGCUCAAGAAGUCCUCAGAUGGGAAGGAAAACUGGCUCUGCUCAGUCAAGCCCACAGAUACAAAAGAAAGUCAUGUCAAGCCCACAAACUGCUAGAAAAGGUGGUGUCAGUCCUAAAUCCACGCGGAAAGCUGUAGAGAUGGGAGAUCCACAAUCAGGUCCUAAAAACAAAGGAAGUGAAGGGUUAACAAUUCCGAAACCACAAUAAAUCCUGAAAACAUCCCAUUUAGUAACAUGCUAUACCUGGACUCGACGGCAACUAUUAUUUUCUAGAAUAAAUUAAGCAGACGUAAGAGAUGCACUAACUUUCUUCUCUGUUUUAAUAUACCAUAACAGACGGCUGUAGACAGCCUGGACUGUGUGGGAUGUCUCUGAAAAUGAAGGUGAGCAGUAAAGGUGCAUUUACACUUGCCACAAAGACUAUGUACUGUAAAGAAGAGAUCUAUAUUUGCUACUGUGAUGCCUAAAGGAGCAUUGUGUUUCAAGACAAAACAACAAUUUUAAUAUCCAAUGUGAAAAACUAAAUGUGGACUGCAAAUAUUUGUAUAGUAAAUGCAAGGUUAAAUGCACCUCCUCUACACAUUUGGCUGUAUAGUCAUCAUGUACGACUAAUGGAUACUAUUGCACAAAAUCCAGAACAUUUUCUGUUUACCUCAUGACUCAAAUCUACUAAGCCACCCUCUUGUUUUGAUUUAUGACACAACAGUACUGGCAAGGAAGUGAUUUUAAGUAGACUGGUAAAAGGCUACAUAAGUGUUAAUCCAGGCUUUCAUGUAAAUUCUAAUUUUUUUUAGCUGGAAAUUGCCAGGCUACUACAGAUAGUACCCGAUCUGGGAUGCCAUCAUAAUUUUUACAAUCAAUGUCUCCUCUCCUGUGCUAUGGCUUCCUCUGAUUGCUAAGAAAUAGACCAUCACAGUUUAUUCUUCGGAGAAAGUGUGGUCUUUUUUGCACUGGCACAUGUUGUGUUUACUACAUCUCAGGGUGUAUUUCCCAAGGUCAAUCAUUAGAUAUGUCUUCUAAACCAUAUUUCUAUGGGUUUCUACAUUAUGCGGGUAAUGUUAAAUACAGGAGUUAUUCAUAAUGUAGAUCCUCACAAACCUCAGUUCUUCAAAGACACAUAUUGGUUCUAGUAAUAUCACGGUUCGGAUUGUUUACUGAACCCUAAAUCCCUUUGGGCUGGUUUGGUGUCUUUCCAAACUCUUUCUUGUUCAAAAAUGCAUUUCAUAAAAUUCAGAAAAUACGUAAAGCAUCUAAUUUUCAUGAUUGUUUGAUAACUGAGCCCAAGAGAAACAUGCUUGACAUCAAAAAUACAAUCUAUGCUACUAGCUUUGCAUGAAACUAGGCUUUUGGUAUCGCUGGAACCUUACUCCAACAACAAAACCAAUUUUCUAUAAUCUAGUAACAAUUAAAUAUUGGGCAAAUGGUGGUAUUUUCCACCCAGAUCUUCCCUUUUGCAUCUACUUCCUUUUCGCUGGAUGUCAAUAAUAGUAACAAUGGCGGCUAUGGCUAUAUGGACAGAAUAGGUGUUAUAACAACACAGAGGACCUUCCAUAAUGCAGACAACAAUAGCAAGAUGGCUUAUAAACUCUUUAUAAGAACAGGCACCAAACAUAGGGAGAUGAAAGGUCAGAUGAAUAAAAAUAGAAUAUUGUAUAGAGUUUGUGAUGUUUUUUUGUUUUUUUUUCCAUUACUGGUGCACAUGUUGUGGAGGUAGGCUUUGAGUCUGAAGUAGAUUAUUAUUUCAAUGACCUCAUCUAACUCUGGAAUUUUAUUAUAUUAGAGUGGUGCGCCCCAACUAGUGACUUGGGAGCCACCUGUGGUCCUCUAGUCUUCUAUAUGUGGCUCCCUAAAUGGUUGUAGACCUAGAAACUGUUGUGCCCUAGUAGCACCAGGGAUGCCAUAAUAUUACCAAAACAUGCUUUGGGGUCAAAUUCAAUUGUCUGUUACUAUCGGAGUAACUAUGUCAUAUCUUUAUAGUGGUUUUUCCUUUUUUUACUCCACCCCUAGACAUCUUAUCCCCUAUAUAAAGGAUAUAUUGCUGGGGACCCCCGCAAUAUAGCAUGCGACACCCACCUGUAACUGCUUCCGGAAGCGCUGGAGGGUCUCUGGCUAAUUCCUCCCGACCACGGGGACGGAAGUUUGUCAUGCCCCGCCCCGCCCCCUCAAUGCAAGUCUAUGGGAGGGGGCGUGACGGCCAUAGACUUGCAUUGAGGGGAUGGGGCGUGAUGUCACACGGGGGCGGAGUUGUGACAUCACAAACUUCUGUUCCCGUGGUUGGGACCCAGACCCUCCAGCGCUUCCGAAGCAGAAAAAGGUGGGUGCCGCAUGCUAUAUUGUGAGGGGCCCCCAGCGGCAGGACCCCCGCGAUUAGACAUCUUGUCCCCUAUCCUUUGGAUAGGGGAUAAGAUGUCUAGGGGUGGAGUACCCCUUUAAUACCCCGUGUGACUUAAUGCAAUCUGUCAUCUAUAAUAGUGACUGUCUUCUAGGGUAUACAUUUUAAAGCAUUUUAAUAAUUUCCCAAAAGCAAGGUGCUGAUAAACCAAGAUCAAUCCAGUCAGUGGGAAAAUAAACCAAAAUCCAUUUCACUUAGACGUGUAGAGAUGCUUCAAAGAGGUUAAAUGUCCCUCCACUAUGUAAGAAGACACCAGUGACACCUCUGAUUUUAUUGUAUUUCACUCUAUAAUUAAAAUGUUUGGUUUAUGUAUUAUCUGCCCUUGGCUAGAGUGAGAAUAAAACGACAAACGUAACUUUCUUUAUUACCUAUCAAACAGAACCACUGUAAAGACUUCUCGUGUCUUCUCCUGUAUUUAGCCUUGUCAUAUAUAGUGGUUCAUGCUCAUGUCAUGAACACAAAAUAUGUGGAUUACAAGGAUAAUUGAUAUGAUGUAACUUGUGCUUUGGAACCUCAUUUGUUGCUUGUUAGGGAUUUUGGAAUGUUAUAGAAAUCAGAUAAAUAAAACAUUUUAUUUCAGGGUUUUGAGCUAUUAUUGGUACCUCAACGUAACUAAAGCAAGCCCAUUUGGCUACGAAAUUAUGUGUGGUGCUCAGAAGGCAAAGUGACUAUGAAAAUACUGCCAAUCUAUGUAAAUCAUGUCAUUUACUGUUCCUGUAAACUCCCCUUUUAUUGAUCCCUUUCAAUAUGUUGAUAAUCCCAAAUAUUCCAUUAUGGUUUCAAACGAUUUUCAGUAUGUCAGAUGCAGACAUUGGAGAUGCAUGUUUUGCAGAGGGUGGUCAUGCACUUAACUUGUGACCAAACUUCUGUUAAAUAUAUUCAGGACUGUGAAAUUCUAUAUCACAGUGCACAGAAUAGUCACUUUGCCUUAGGUUCUGUGCUUUUUAUCAUUGUGGUUGUAUUUACUUUUUUCGUGAGACCUUUUGUGUUUAUUUGCACAUUUCUUUGGUGUAUGAGAAUCCUUGAAGCACUUCAUUAAAAU